AUGUUUAGACAGAUCAAAAUUCAUCCUGACGAUUGGAAAUAUCAGCGUAUUAUUUGGUUGGAUCAGAAUCAACAACUCACUCCCUAUGAACUUACGACAGUCACCUAUGACAUGGUCUGUGCACCCUUCUUGGCCUUACGGGUGAUUCAACAACUUACACAAGACGAGGGAAGCAGAUUUCCUCAGGCCUCUUCUACCAUAACAAGGGGUAGAUACGUAGACGAUAUCUUUGGAGGCGCGGAUUCAAUUACUGAAACGCAAGAGCUUGUAGAACAAGUAAAACAACUCUGCAUGGCGGGCGGUUUUCCUUUACAGAAAUGGAUUAGUAACGAGUCCACAAUAUUGAAUUCUAUACCGCUCAAAAGUCGUCUUGACUCUUCUAUUAUACGUAUCGAUGAUAAUCUUAUUGUGCAUUCGCUUGGCCUUUUAUGGCAUCCUGCGACAGACAAUUUUGGCUUCCUUUCAGAACCGUUUAAAACGGAGAUCGUUACCAAAAGAAACAUGCUUUCUACUAUCGCAAAGGUUUUUGAUCCUUUAGGAUUUCUGUCACCAGUUAUGGUAACCGCCAAGAUAUUACUUCAAGAAUUAUGGACCUUGCGACUUGAUUGGGAUCAACCCUUACCAUCUAACAUAGUCAAUGAGUGGACUAGAUUUGUCGAGAACUGUAAGACGAUACCUGAUCUCAAAUUCCCAAGAUGGCUUGGUACCACGGCAUCUCAGUCCUUGGAGAUACAUGAGUUUUGUGACGCUUCAUCAAGAGCAAUGGCUGCUGUUGUUUACAGUCGAACAAUUUCUACAAACGGACAGAUUCACAUUCAGCUUGUCUGUUCAAAGACGAAAGUCGCACCAUUAAAGAGAUUGACGAUCCCACGAUUAGAACUAUCAGGAGCCGUUCUGUUGACCAAGCUAGUAUCACAAGUACUUAGAGUUCUCCAAAAGGAGGCUCUUAAAAUCUAUCUUUGGACAGAUUCAUCCAUAACGCUUACCUGGAUCUCGAAUCAUCCAUCACGAUGGAAAGAUUUCGUACACAAUAGAGUGUGCUUUAUACAAGAAACUCUACCUUCAGCUAGUUGGAACUUUGUCCCUGGUACAGAAAAUCCAGCUGAUCUUGCCACGAGAGGAAUAACUCCUAGUCAACUGUGA